UCUUUGUUGGUUCCCCACCACACCCAAGCGGUUGGAGCGAGUGACGGACUCGAUAAGGGUCGAUCUUGGACCCUUUUUGGAGCCCUCUGUUAUCUCGCAAGACAGAUGGAACUAGAAAAUAUUGUUGCCAAUACAGUAUAUUUGAAAGCGAGAGAAGGCGGUGGCGGCAAAAGAAAAGGAAAAAGUAAGAAAUGGAAGCAGAUACUGAGAUUCCCCCAUAUAUCACAAUGCAUGGAUAUGAAGACAAAAAUACCUAUGACUUACAAGUAUUUGGUUGAACAACAACCUAUAGGAAGGGAGUUGUUUCGAUUGUUCUGUGUAAAAAAGCCUGCAUUUGCUAGGAUCAUUUUCUUCCUGGAUUCUGUGAGUGAAUAUGAGUUGGCGCCAGAUGAAAAGAGAAUGGCCCUUGCUGAGGAGAUUCUGAGAAAAUACCUCAAGGCAGAGUUUUAUUCAGGAACACACUGUGACACUUUUGUGAUAAAAUCAUUCACACCCACGUCCAUUUAUUUGUUUAUUUAUAACAGAAGACAGAGGCUUCCAAAGAUUGAUACAUUGUCUUGUUUUGCAUAUAAAUUAUAUUUCUACCUCUUUAAUUUUAGGGUCAUGAAGGAUUACCUGAACUCUGAACCCUUCACAGAAUUUCUGGAGAGCAUGUUUUUCAAACGCUACCUACAGUGGAAAUGGUUAGAAAGUCAACCUGUGACCAAGAACACGUUCCGGAUGUAUCGAGUGCUUGGUAAGGGUGGGUUUGGUGAGGUGUGCGCAUGCCAGGUGCGGGCCACUGGCAAGAUGUACGCCUGCAAGAAGUUGGAGAAGAAACGAAUCAAGAAGAGGAAGGGGGAACCCAUGGCUCUCAAUGAAAAACAGAUCUUGCAGAAAAUCAACUCUCGGUUUGUGGUCAGUUUAGCCUAUGCAUUUGAGACAAAGGAAGCUCUAUGUCUAGUGUUAACAAUAAUGAAUGGGGGUGACCUGAAGUUCCACAUCCACAAUAUGGGCAAUCCAGGCUUCCCUGAGGAGCGUGCAUGGUUUUAUGCUGCAGAAAUUACAUGUGGGCUGGCAGACUUACAUAAAGAAAACAUAGUUUAUAGAGAUCUGAAACCAGAAAAUAUAUUAUUAGAUGAUUAUGGUCAUGUAAGAAUAUCAGACUUAGGGUUGGCUGUAGAAAUUCCUGCUGGAGAGUUAAUACGUGGGCGUGUUGGUACAGUAGGGUACAUGGCACCAGAGGUGGUAAAGAACGAGAGGUACACAAUGAGCCCAGACUGGUGGGGCCUUGGAUGCAUAAUAUAUGAAAUGAUAGAGGGCAAGGCCCCAUUCCGGGCGCGGAAGGAGAAAGUGAAACGAGAUGAGGUAGAUCGACGGGUCAAAGAAGACACAGAGACUUACUCCUCCAAGUUCUCAGAAGACUGCCAAGCAGUAUGUCAAGCGUUACUACAAAAGAACCCCACAUGCCGGUUAGGGUGCAGCUCAGAGGGUGCAGCUGAGGUGAAAGCUCACGCGUUCUUCAAAAAUAUCAACUUCAGAAGACUAGAAGCUGGAAUGUGUGAACCCCCUUUUGUACCAGAUCCUCGGGCAGUAUACUGCAAGGAUGUGUUGGACAUAGAGCAGUUCUCCACGGUGAAGGGUGUUAACCUUGAUGCCAGUGAUGACACUUUCUACAGCAAGUUCAACACAGGCAGCGUAUCCAUUCCUUGGCAGAAUGAGAUGAUAGAGACUGAGUGCUUUAAGGAAUUGAAUCAGUUUGCGUUUGAUGGAGGACCUAGUCCGGAUCUUAUAGAAGACAUGCCGCCCCCACCUCCACAAAGGGGCUUCUUUGAUAGGUUAUUUCACAGACGAAGGAACCGAGAUCAUUAUUCUUAAAGGAAUAACCUCUCCAGGGUACAGCCCAAGGCCCAUUACCAUGGAAACAGUAGAGUGUGAUUGACCAUCUUGUGACUCAGUUCUAGAGAUUCGAUUGGAUGGUCCAAGCAGUGGAAAAGUCAUGUGAGGCAGCGGUAGUGCUGCCAUUGUGAGUCAUCCAAUAUCACUCAAUUCAGUGUGUCGUGUCAUGUUGACUGAAUCACCACUGCAGGGUAAAUGGUCAGAUCAACUUGCCUCAAUAGUGUUCACUCAAAAAAAAUUCGACUUGGACCCUUUCACUAGAGUGCAAACUUACUGAUGUAAACAUAUAUAAAUAUAUAUAUGCAUCCGCUUGCCAAAUGACAAUGGGUACAUUAGUGUGAGACCCAAGAGGUUUUGGAUGUAUCUGCCAGGAAGGACCAGAAUUACAGCUAGCUUGAGGCAGAUCCCCAAGGACUUCUAGGAGGUUGACACCAGUGCACCGGACUUCUCAUUUUGGUGCAGUAGCGUGUUGUUCCGAAUCAAGAAGCUGUUUCUCCCCCAUCAUUCAGCUGAUGACCUGCGUUGUCUGUCAGUGGAACCGAUGGUCGUCUUGUGCAGCUUCUUUGGGCUUCUUGGCUGUGUGUUUUCUCCUGUGUUGUUGGUGUCGUCAUUGUUGUCGUCGUCAUCUUGCUGUCCUCACUGUCAGUGUCCGAUCAUUACUGCAUUGCUACCUCAGUCGAGUUCAUCGUGAAAACAACUACAAGAGAUUUGACCAGCAUCCUUGUCACUCCCAUCUUCACUCACUCUCUUCCAAGGCAGAUAAUACACAAACUUGGGCUGAAUCCAUGCUCAACAGUAUUAUAAACCAAUUCCAAGGCAGGAGUUACUCCAGAUUAUCUCCCCUUGCUCAGGGUGGGUUAUCUCCCUUGCUCAAGGGCCUCAGUGUUGUAUCCUGCUAAUGGUAGGCUGGUAUCCUACAUCAGCAUAAUACUAACAUUUUCACCUCUAGGAAGACCACAAUAGUGUAUAAAGCAUUGUUAUCUAUGUUAGCUCCUUGCAGGGGCACUAUCUAUUGGAUAUGUACCUGUGUGAAUGAGAGUUUGUGUUGUGUGAAUUUGACAUGUUUCUUUAUGCAGCUCCACUGGAUAUUACUAGGAUUAAAAGUGCUUUGUUUCUGUACUGACUGCAUUUGUUGGUGUCCUCCUGUUGGGAGAUUUUCGAAGUUUGAACCUCAUUAUGCGUUGUCAUUGUGUUUUUAUGGGAAAAAGAUUAUGGGACAAUUGUGUUGAGGGUUCUUUUUUUGUGUUAAUUUUGUUAUGUCAUGGAAACUACAAUCAUGGAAAACAAUUACAAAAGAAACCAGAAAAUCAUGUCAAAAUAUGCAGGAAUUAUUCCAAGUUCCUUGCCGGAAAUUUGCUUAUCUCUCAUAAUGUGUACAUUAAGCAGUAACCAAUAACACAAUGGUGUAUGAAAUAAUUUGAGCAAAUGUGAAAGACAAGAUUUAGAUCUGAGGUAAAUGUGAUGUGUUUUGACAAGUGUUCACCACCAUCUUCUUACAUCCAAGUAAAUUUGUAUACCUUCCAAAGGCCAACCCAUACCCUUUGGACAUUAGAUUCUUGUUAGAAAACAAAUCAAAGCAUUACCAUGUCAAGUAGUGGAUACAGAAAGUGCUUGCUUGCCUCUUGAAGAUCUCUGUAUCAUAAUGUCGAUCUAUCAGUGGCUGAUCAAAUUUGAGAAGAUACCUAAAGCACUAUAGCCUAUGUUACCAUGUCCAUUGGGUAUCAAUAAGAACACUUUUGGGAUAUCUAUUGACUAUUACAGGGAGUAAGUAAUAAAUAUUUGCAAAAAUGUAUUUGUUAGUUUCUGGUGCUAUGUAACUGUCAGCUUUAAGUUGUUGAGAACAAAAGUGAGCCUUGAUAACAAAGUGCUGUAAGAUAUGUGUUCACCUUAUGCUUUGUGAUCCAUCUCUUACAAUGGCCAGUAGAUUUCAGUACAUGUUUGAAAACAUCAGCUUGGUUGAUCCAAGCUUGUUUACAUGCUGGCAUACAGUCAGCUCCAGAUAAGAUGAAAGCCAAGGGAUUUAGGGACAACCAUACUUCCAAAAUUUGAUUUUCAAGAGAACAACUAAAAUGCUAACCCUUACCUGUGGGUACUAAUUGACUUUGUGACAACUGAUUAUUAUUUCUCUGUUUCAUCAAAUCUGGAUUUGACUGCAGGAGGACCAAAUUGGUUUCCUCUUUCAUUGUCUCAGUACAUGUACAUGCCUAAUUUGUUUCAUGUUAUAUUCUGUUCGCUGUGAAAUGAGUUUAAUUUAAAGUUUCACUUGUGAUGAUUUCCAUAAGAUCAUGGAAUGAUAUGACUUCCUGCAAUAACGCAGAAUUUAGUAAAUCAGGUGAAUAUUAUUUAUUUUCAGUGUAAAAGGUUUUUACUGCAGGGUUAUUUUAAAUGACUUACAGAGAUAAAUACGGAGCUAGAAUAUCAGAAUAUGAUACUGACUCCUGACCCAACACUUACCAGGGAUUUGCCUGUUUACCUUCUGUUUCCCACAAACUAUUUAUUACACAUUUUUGCCUGUAAUGCAAUAUAUGCUAGGUGAUACAAAGACAUUUGCAUGUCACCUUUUAUAUUUAUUUUCUUUUGUAUCAUGACCAUGGAAUGCAAUGGAGAAUCGGUAUGGACAGACGAAGACUUUCCUUGUGUUGGGACGUCUUCAGUUCUUUAAAUGUUUCACAUAUGAUAAAAGCUUUUCUUCUUUUCCCUAUCCACACUUUCCUAGCCCCAUCGUCCUCGACUUUCUCCUCCUGUUCCUCUAACUCCAUCUCCUGCUGCAGAGUGAUUCCGAUUCAGUGUUAGAUAUUUUCUCCCGAAGAAUGUGACAAACUGCUUUUUCAAUGCACUUCUUUCAAAGCAAGUAUUUUUUAAGAGUUUAUGAUUCUCAUGUUCACAAUUGUCAGGUUAUUCAGUUCAGAAAACAUGUUCCAUUCUGUCAUUACUUUGGACUGAAAACUACUUACAGUUUCAAGAGCAGUCAAGGGUAGGUAAUGCAUCAUCAGUUUAUUAUAUAUUUUUUGGUUGUUUUUGUAUAUUUUUCUUAUGUAAGAACUCAUAAUUCAGUCAUAUUUUAGGUUUUCAUUAAUGUUUUUCUACUUUUCAAACAGAGGAUAUUUUGUCAUAAAUAUACUUACAUAAAUUCAAUGAGAACAAAAUGCUGAAAUCAUUUGCAUUUCUCAGAUAUAUAUUUUGUAGACAUAACCAGUUUAUUCAUUAUUCUAUAUGCCAAUUAAGGUGUGAAUACUGUUGAAUAUAGUAAAAUAUUCAUGAUCUUGCUAAUCUGCACAUGGAUUUCCAUUCAAAAGAGAUGCUCUUAUAAAAACAUAAAGUUCUAUCUUGCCUAUUAAGACAAAGUUUUGCGAGGUCAUCAGAAACUUGGAUUACUGGUAAUGAAUCGUUGAUGCUUUAUCUGAUGCAAUGUGUUGCUUGGAAGCAAAAUGUAGAGUCUCCUUCAUAUUUGUGGUAAACAACUGACCUCUGUGAAGAUUGCUGAAUAAGCUUUUGCAUUUUCAUCAUAGUUGAUGUUGAAGGUGUGCAUUUUUAAACAACUGCAAUAGAACAAUUGAGAUUUGGAACAGUUUUUGAUUGCAGUGUCUUGUUACUAUGGUUAUCUUCAUAAAUCACAUUGUCUUUAGUCCAGACAAGGAGGGAGUAAUAAUGUUCAGAGCCUGAUAGGGCUAAUUAACCCAGGGGUGGAAAUAAC